UGGAGUUGCGGGCAGUGUUACGGAGAGUCGCAUGUGUUUCCUACGGUGUGUGGAAGAGAAAAAAAGGGGUAAAAUGUGUGAAAUGCAAAAGCUGAGGGUGUCGGUGGAGCAGAUACUGACUGCGGCUGCUGAGGAGAUAUUUGGAGUAUUUCAAAGAAGCAUCGCAGAGAUUGAGGAGAAACUCAGUGGUUCCCUAAAGCACAAGAAAAGAAACCAGAGACUACCGGACACUGUGCACCAAACAGACAUUCUGAUUCCCCCACAGCAGCAGAGACGUAGCCCCCAUGUGGACCAGGAGGACCUGGGACCCCCGUACAUGAAAGAGGAUCAGGAGGAAGAGUGGAUCAAUCAGGAGGGAGAGCAGACAAUGAAGGUUCUACUACUAUCAGAGUGUCCUACACUCACCCAAAAGCUGUGGAUGGUGAAAGAAGAGCUCCCCCUGGAGCAGCAGGACAGGAGCCCCAGUCUGGACUAUGUGGACCCAGAGCCUCCCCAUACCAAGGAAGAGGAGAACCUGUGGACCAAUCAGGAGGGAGAACAGCUUCAAGGGCUAGAGGAGGCUGAUAUCACUAAGUUCCCAUCCACUCCACCUCAUGUAAAGAGUGAAUAUGAUAAAGACAAAGCUCAGUCCUCACAGCUUCAUCAAAGUCAAACUGAGGAGAACACAGAGGAACCAGAAGACGGAGAUUACUAUGGAGGAUCAGAGCCAGACAGCAUCCAAAAUAAUGACUUCCCUAUAAGUGUUGUGGCAUGUAAAACAACACAAUAUCAAUCCACUGAGGAUGAUAAUAUGUUGUCAGUGGAGCAGAUACUGACUGCGGCUGCUGAGGAGAUAUUUGGAGUAUUUCAAAGAAGCAUCGCCGAGAUUGAGGAGAAACUCAGUGGUUCCCUAAAGCACAAGAAAAGAAACCAGAGACUACCGGACACUGUGCACCAAACAGACAUUCGGAUUCCCCCAGAGCAGCAGGGACGUAGCCCCCAUGUGGACCAGGAGGACCCAGAGCCACCCCACAUUAAAGAGGAACAGGAGGAUGAGUGGAUCAGCCAGGAGGGAGAGCAGACAAUGAAGCUUCUACUACUAUCAGAGUGUCCUACACUCAACCAAAAGCUGUGGAUGGUGAAAGAAGAGCUCCCCCUGGAGCAGCAGGACAGGAGCCCCAGUCUGGACCAGGUGAACCCAGAGCCUCCCCAUACCAAGGAAGAGGAGAACCUGUGGACCAAUCAGGAGGGAGAACAGCUUCAAGGGCUAGAGGAGGCUGAUAUCACUAAGUUCCCAUCCACUCCACCUCAUGUGAAGAGUGAAUAUGAUGAAGACAAAGCUCAGUCCUCACAGCUUCAUCAAAGUCAAACUGAGGAGAACACAGAGGAACCAGAAGACGGAGAUUACUAUGGAGGAUCAGAACCAGACAGCAUCCAAAAUAAUGACUUCCCUAUAAGUGUUGUGGCAUGUAAAACAACACAUCAAUCCACUGAGGAUGAUCAAACAUGUAUGUCUUUGUCAGUGUCGGAGACACAGAUGACAGUCCACACAACAAAGAAGCGUUUCUGCUGUUCAGUUUGUAACAAAGGUUUUGUGCAUAAAAGUAAUCUUAAUAGACAUAUGUUAGUUCAUCCAGGAGAGAAGCCUUUCAUUUGUUCAGUUUGUAACAAAGGUUUUGUACGUAGAUUUGAAGUUAGGCAACAUAUGGUUGUAUCUCAUCCGUUUUAUGUCCAGUGUUAACCACGUAUCUUCAAAUGUGUUUUGGAUUUUUUGUCAUGAGUAGAUCCUUUAUGGAUUGAGGUCAAAAUUCUUCUUUUACAAGCUCUCUUGCAUCAUUUGGAACAUGUAGAAUAGUACGUCUUUGUCCUGCUCAUAGUCAUGCACUGUUUUAGCCAAAUGACAACAAAAUAAGAGUAAAUAUAUAAUACAUUUUUGCAGAAAACUGACAUGGAUUAUUUUACUGCAUAUUUGACCUUUUUUUUUUAUUUCUGAGAAUACUGACUACAAAUAAUACUACAAAUAUAUCAUGAGCUAAAAGAAUAUGAUGCAUGGCUGUAGAUUAAAUUACCAACAGUAAGUAAAAUAUUUCAGAUGAGCUUAAUGUUAAACAUAUAUGGAGCGUUAUGAGCAUACAGAGCUGAUGAUUAUUCCAUCCACUUUGACUAAAGCUUCAGUUUUGUGCGUAUGGUGGUCAUUUGGUGAUACACACCUCACCUUUAGGAUUUAUGGUGAAAAAGUUCAACUUUGGUCUCAUUAAAUCAUAACAUACACAUAGGUUUGGGAGACUGGUGAGCUUUGUUAGAAAAGGCUUCUGUCUUGCACCAAUUUAUAUGGCAAAACCCUUAGUUCUUCCAUGAUUAAACCAGAUUGUUGAACAUGGAUCUGCUGGUCCUGGCCUAAAGAUAGUCUCUCCUAAAUAUUCAUGUGCACUGUGCCAGAUUGAUGGUUUUCUUUUUUUCUUUUUUGGUUUAAGUUUUUAUUGGAUUUUAUUUUGGAGAAUGUGCAUGUUUUACAUUCACAUGCACAUAUAACAUUUUACAAUGUUGUUUUUCUAUAUUUCUUUUCAGAAAAGAAUAAAACAAUCUAUCUGUACAUUUUCCUGCGUAUAUCUCCAGUGCCUUCCCUU